AUGGACUAUCACGAGACUCAACUGGCCGCUCAGCAAAACAACGUCGGUGGUGACCAGACUCAGGAGUCAGCGACACAGAACGCCAAUAAUAAUAACGAUGACGCUGGGCUGAGUGUGACAGCGCUUCAAAACCAAAACCAGCCGGCGCAGAAAAGCAGCAAAAACAAAAACAGAGAUAUUACGACAAAGGGCAAGUACUCGUUGAACGAUUUCCAGAUUCUUAGAACGUUGGGCACAGGCUCGUUUGGCAGAGUUCACUUGGCCAGGUCGGUGCAUAAUGGGCGGUUCUACGCUAUGAAGACGUUGAAGAAGGAAAGAGUCAUCAACAUGAAGCAGGUGGAGCACACCAACGAUGAAAGGAGAAUGUUAAAGCUUGCGCAACAUCCGUUCAUCAUCAGAAUGUGGGGCACGUUUCAGGAUUGCCAUAAUUUGUUUAUGAUCAUGGACUACAUAGAAGGCGGAGAGUUGUUUUCUUUGUUACGAAAAUCCCAGAGGUUCCCUACCCCUGUGGCUAAAUUCUACGCUGCAGAGGUAUUCCUUGCCAUAGAGUAUCUCCAUAAUCUCGACAUCAUAUACAGAGACUUGAAGCCCGAAAAUAUUCUUUUGGACAAAAACGGCCACAUCAAGCUCACGGACUUUGGGUUUGCCAAAGAGGUUACUGACGUGACAUACACCUUGUGCGGAACGCCGGACUACAUCGCUCCGGAAGUGGUGGCCACGAAGCCUUAUAACAAGUCUGUGGAUUGGUGGUCGUUUGGCAUUUUGAUCUUCGAGAUGCUUACAGGGUACACGCCCUUUUACGACCCAACCCCUAUGAAGACAUACGAGAACAUCUUGAAUGGUACCAUAACGUAUCCUGACUACUUGCCCCCUGAUAUACUUGAUCUUCUUCAAAAACUUAUUGUGAAAGACUUGACACAGAGGCUAGGUAAUCUUCAAAAUGGUUCUGAUGACGUGAAAAACCAUCCGUGGUUCAAAGAGGUGAUCUGGGAGAGGCUACUUUCGAGGGACAUUGAGACGCCAUAUGAACCUCCCAUCACUUCUGGCGUGGGAGACACAUCUCAAUUCGACCGCUUCCCCGAGGAUAAGGAACUUGACUACGGUAUAUCGGGCGUGGACGAUCCAUAUGGGGCGCUCUUUCCAGAUUUUUAA